AUGGAUACCGAUAGUGCCUUACGUCGAAGUUUGCGAAAAAUUAAUCCUUUCAAGAAUAGUUUAUUCCGUUUGCCUGCUACACCACGUUUAUCGCGCAGUAAAAAAGUUGGAAAUGGCGAAGAUGUGGUUACGGAAUGGAAUUUCGAGCGUGGAUCAUCUGGACGAUGCUCUACCAAUUCGGUCAGACGACUACAAACACCACCUAGUCCGGACACCGUUUCUCUUCCGGUUUUUCACAAGCCGCCACCCACACAUACCAUUCCUCAACCGCCACAACCAGAAGAAGCUCAAAAGAGUAUACAUGAACAUAUGCGACAGAUUUUAAGCUGUUCAGCUUCUGCUUCUGCGACACCUUUAACUUCUCCAAUGUUUCAACGACAAACAUACACAACAUCUUCCCAAAAUAGAUAUUUACCUCUGCCCAACACCAAAUAUCGAGCUGAUGGACAAGUGUGUGAAGCCUAUUGGGCCAAAGAGUUUCAUGAUGAUGCAUCUCUUCACAACUCAACUCUAUCACUUUUGAACACUGGACGUCGAAGUGUCAUCUAUGACAUUCCGCAUCAUCAACAACAACAACAACACUACCAGCAGCAACAGCAACAGCAACAGCAGUUUUUCCAAAGAAAUACUUCAACACGUAAUUCCUCAUCUUAUCCCUUAAAUGGAAUUACACGUCCAUCCUCAGCUGAUCCAUUUAAAAGAAAUCGUUCAACCCCCAUAGGGAUGUUGAAUUCUGGGGCAACUGCCACAUUGAAUCCAUCUCUCGGGGGCUCCAAUUCGAAAAGUUCUUCAAAUGGUUUAAAUAACCUGAAGCCAUUGUUUUCGUUACCAACCAUCCAAACUUCUUCACAAAUCGACGACACAUUUAUUGCGCGCGAAUGGGUCUUCAAGGAAAUUUAUCAAGCAGCGAUUGUUGAGAAGGUGCCUCUGACUCUUAUUGAGGGACAGAAAGGUUCAGGCAAAUCUAGUAUUUACAACCAGCUUGUCUAUAAUUCACCUUUCCAUUCCGGACAGGCUUCUGAUACUAUCGAUUCUGGAUGUGUUUCUGAUUCUUACACAAUACCAUCGAGAAAUUAUGAGUGGAUGAGAGCAGUUGCUGGUCGAGUCGUUGCUUAUCACACUUGCUCAAUUCAAGAUGCUUCUUCCUGUGCUAUCCCAGAGUUUGUGUGUAAUCUGGGAGCUAUGUUGGCUGCAUCACCUGUUCUCAAAAGUUAUUCAACUAUUCUUCAAAAAAAACCUGAACUGACGAACUUAUUGAGACUCGAGGAAUGCUUGAAAUACGAUAGCAUCCAUGUUUUCGAACGAGCUAUAGCUGAACCUCUCUCUCAAUUGAAAUCAACCGAUCAAGGGAGUCUGGUCAUUCUUAUUGACGGAAUAGAUGAAGCUGAAUACCAUCGUUGUGAAGAUGGACGCUCAAUCGGAGUCUUCCUUUCCCAAGUAAUUGAUUACCUUCCUUUCUGGGUCCGAGUAGUUGCUACUACGGAUGCUUCUUCUCUGUCCAAUUUUGAAGCUAAGAAAAGAAGAUCUGUUAGAAUUGACGACUGCUCAUUGGAUGAGAGAGUUGUACGAGACAACCGUAUGUACAUUGAAUAUCGCAUCGGAAUGUUCCGUGAAUUGGAAGAUUCGAUUGUCACUUCUCGACGAAAUUCUGUAAUCGAUCCUCUAUCAGCUUUCUCUGAACAAGUUGUUGAAAAGGCUAAUGGAAACAUGCUAUACAUUCGAUUGUUACUCCAAUUAUUGGAAACUGGAAAGCUCAGGAUGGCUUCCUUAGCUUCAACAAUCCUUCCCGAUGAUAUAUCAGGAUUGUAUGUCAUGUACAUGGAUUUAACUUUUGCAUUUGCAACUGCCUUCUCUCGAGUAUCCCCAGCAUUAUCAGUUUUAUUGGCAUCGCUUAGGCCUUUGGAUCGACAGACUCUCUCGGAUAUUUUGAAUUCGGGACCAGCUGAUACUCAUGUAGAUUUGAAUGAAGUCAAUCAAAUGUUGACUGUUCUCUCUCCUCUGCUUACGUAUGGACCUGAUGGAGAAAUAUCUUUACAUCAUCCCGCUUUCCGAGAUUGGCUCAUUCGUAACGAUGCCUCUGCUAAGUAUCCAACGGAUGUUCGAAAAGGACAUUUGCUGAUCGCCCUAUGGUUGUCUAAUAUUGCUCCAUUAGAAACGCCGCAGUUGUUCGAACUUGGACAUCACCUCCUAAAAGCUCAUCCUUACAAGUACAUGCACGGCGAAUAUGUUCCAGAGCUGACUUCUUCUAAAGACGGUCAGAUUUUGUGGAUCCAGAAAAGCUCUGACAACAUGGCAGCCGCUUUACUUGACAAUCGCAAUAUGCACUAUCCAAAUACUAAAGUUAGUCGGCUUCUUCUUGUAGCCGGAGCUGAUCCAUCAUAUUGCCCAUCCGUUUCUUCAAAAUCUUCCGAUAUUCCUUUAUCCGUUUCUCAAAAAGCGGUAGCAGCAGGUCACUGGUCCUUAGUCUCUCUGUUGCUACACUAUGGGGCUGGCUUACAUCCGGACAUGGGACCAUCUCUUCUCACAAUUGCUGCCAAAAAUGGGAACUUUGAAAUUGUACGUCAAUUACGAACCAUGGAUGAUGAUAUAUCAGAAGCUGUUAGAGAAGCUGCUGCAAACAACCAUUUACAAAUACUCAUAUUUCUGUUGUCAACUCAUUGGCCUUCGGAAAAUAGUAAACUCGAGGCGAUUGAGGAAGCUGUUUAUGCAGCAGCUGCACAAGGACAUGUAUCUAUUUGUCAACAUUUGAUUGACAAUCAUUCCCAAGUUGAUUUCUCCAGACCUAUGAGAGUUGCUUGUGAGAAUGGAAAAGCUGCUGUUGUUCAAUUUUUCAUUUCACGAGGAGCUACAUUGUCUUCUUUGUCAUGGCCAUCAGAUAAGUCUACGAUUCAUUGCGCAGUCGAAAGUGGAAGCUGGGAUUUAGUCGUGGCCGUUCUUUCACUUCCUCAAUCUAAUCUCGAAGUGACUGAUGCUGAAGGGCGAACUCCUUUGAUUUGUGCUGCCCGGUGUGGUCAUGUUGGUCUUAUCGAUAUGUUGAUUAAUAAAGGUGCAAAUGUGAAUCAUCGUGACAUAAGUGGAUGGACUGCCAUAAUGCAUGCUAUUCGAAAUGCUCAUUUGGCUUCUGUGCAAUUAUUGCUAGAUAAGGAAGUUGACAUUCACGGCAUAGAUGUAAAUGGUUAG